GCGCUGGUCGGUUCAAGAAAAACACGGAAAGAAAUUGUUUUCAUUGCCAAUUUAUUGGAAUUUAAGGCAACAUGUCUCUGACGCCCUUCCUGCGCCUGCCCCUCACGGAUCUGACCGGCUGUCUGAUCAACCAUCAGACCUACGACAAAUGUGGAAAAUUUGAAAUGAAAAUGAUGGACUGCUUGGAGGCCUACGGCCUGGAGCGCGGCAAAAAGGAGUGCGCCGAUCUCAUUGCGGACUUCCAGGAGUGCGUGGGCAUGAACAAGCAACUCAUGCGUUUCCAUGCCAUGAGGAACGAGCGCUAUAAGCAGUGGCUGUUGGGAGAGCGUAAGAAGGCUGAACUCUUUGCUGAGGCACCGCGCGUAGAUGCCUAUUAAGAAAGGGAGCAAUUUCGUGUAUAACUUCAUAUGAAUAGCCGCAAAUUGUAUAAAAAAAAUAAAUAAAAUAAAACGAAAUCUGUAUCAUCUGA